AUGUCUGGAUUCCCAUCCCUCAAGCCGGCAAUAACCCUCCGCGUAAAGGUUGGUGAUACGCUGCCUGUUGGUAGCUUUGCCAGAGGAACGCCUUUGGCUGUUGUGGUAAAGAACAUGGUCCUUUUCAAAUUGGACGAGAUACUAAUGAUACUGAAGCCAAUGGUGGAAGGGACAUUGAUAUCAGAGCCAGGUUUUGAGCCUUCUCUGGAUGCGAAGCUGGCCGGUGGCGCGUAUGAUUUUAUUCGCGCUGAUCCAGACGGUGGGCAUAUGCGGUUGGAUGUACGGUCUCAGUUCAAGUUGCUUGUCGCAAUGUAUUAUAAAGGAGUCGCUGCAGUAACUCCUGACGUGCAAAAAGUUCUCUCAGGAGCUGCUGAUGCAAAAACCACCGACUACGGCCAUUCAUUUAUAACUGUGGAAUUUGAGACUGGAUCGGAAAAGUACAAGGCUCUGGAAACCGCUGUUUUUGCUGCGGCAGGGCAUUUUGUUCUAGAAGAUGGAGCAGUUUCGGUAGAAUACAAGCUCAGCCAGGUUGUCUAA